CUGUGUUUCAGUGCGUUCUGUAUGGCACGGCUGGCUGCACGCUGAGAGCCCAUCCAUGGACUUGGAAGCUAAAGAUGAAGAGGAAGAGAGUCUGCAAACGGCUUUCAAAAAGCUGAGAGUGGAUGCAGCAGGAUGUAUUGCAGCUCUGUCUGUGGGUGAUGGGACGAUGCUGAGAACACCAAGAGCAGCUGUGGAUGGAGCCAAGCAACAGGCUGUCUGCUCAAAGGAAGCGUGGCAUGGGUGUGUGAGAAAGCCUUCCAGAGGAUCAGCCAGAGUCCCACGUCGCAGGCGCUCCAAGUCUCCCGUCCUGCAUCCUCCCAAGUUCACUUAUUGCAAUAUGAAAGCCAACAACCAGCUGAAACACAAAACCCAAGCAGACGUGUCAAAGGGUGGCAUCAGCUCAGACAUUUUUGUCCCAGCAGAACAUGGUACGAAGGACAGGCACGAUUCUCACUUUGAGGCCAGUGAUGACGGAACUGAACCUUUGGAAGCUUUCACCGCUGAAGAGCCUUUGGAGAAGUCAAGAGGGAAUUGUCCUACUCUGUCCUCAUCCUUUGAGACUAGCUUGCAUUCUAGCCAAACCUCAGAUUUCCAGUCCUUAUCCCUGCUUAGCAAUGGCAAGCAGUGCCCUUGUACGGACAAGAAAUGCCAGUGCAAACAGUGGCGAACCAUGGAAGUGUACUCCUUCUCUGGCUUACGGAGCGUCCUGUCGGAGUGCGAGAAGGCAGUCCUAGGAGUCCACACCCAGUCUCUUCAGAAUAGAUCCCCUUGUGGGACAGCCUCAUCAAGUUCUCCUAGGUCUUGUUCUGAGCAAGCUCGAGCCUUUGUGGAUGACGUGACUAUUGAAGAUCUCUCGGGAUACAUGGAAUACUACUUAUAUAUUCCCAAGAAGAUGUCUCAUAUGGCAGAAAUGAUGUAUACUUGA